AUGACACCAUUCUUUCUGGUGUCGUUACUCCUGGCUUCAUUGCCAUCUAUCAGGGCUGAGUCGACUUUCUCUCCAGCUCGUCCUCCAGCUCAGCCGCUCGCUGUCAAGUCUCCAUACUUGAGCGCAUGGCAGAGCGCUGGAAGCAAUGGCGGUAAUGGUGGUUACCUUGCUAAUCAAUGGCCGACAUUCUGGUCUGGACAGAUUCUUGGCUGGGCUGGCCUGAUCAAAGUUGAUGGCAUCGCGUACGGCUGGAUGGGAGUUCCCGCGGAUGUCUCUUUUGUAAACCAGACUUCUUACACUUAUACAAGUACAUCCAGCAUCUAUGUACAGACUGUGGAAGAUAAACUACAGAUAAAAGUUACAUUCCUGUCUCCUAUAACCCCCAAUGAUUUUCUACGGCAGUCGCUCAUCUUCUCCUAUAUGACUGUCGAGGUUGUGUCUUUGGAUGGCAGCGAGCAUAAUGUUGCAUUGUACACGGAUAUUUCUGCUGAAUGGGUUUCGGGUGACCGUAGUGUCGUUGCACAAUGGGACUAUGGCACCAAUGGGGAUUUGUCAUAUCAUAAAGUCUACCGUCAGACGAAACUAGCAUUCUCAGAAGUCAGCGAUCAGACUGAGUACGGAAACUGGUGGUAUACCACCACUUCGGACAGUGGUUAUACUUAUGGAUCCGGAUUCGCUGAUGAGGUUCGAGGCCAAUUCAUUAAAUAUGGUGCUUUAACCAACAACGUGGACAGCAACUACCGUGCUAUCCGAGACAGAUGGCCUGUUUUCGCGCAUGCAUUUGACUUGGGGAGCGUGGGAACUACAUCAACUAGCCGCUUGUUCUCUAUUGGUCUCACCCAGGAAGAAGCUAUUCAAUUUGAUGGUGCCGAUGGCGUUGUUCCCUUGCCUUCAUUCUGGCUCCAGUACUUCUCUGACGAAAUCUCCGCCAUGUCUUUCUUCCACAAUGAUUACGAAACCGCCAGCUCACUAUCUGCUGACUUGGAUGCUAAAGUGUUGUCGGAUGCAUCGGCCAUCAGUCACGAUUAUGCUAUUAUUGCGACUUUGUCUCUCCGACAGGCCUUUGGUGCGACUCAGCUCGUCGGUACCAAUCGAACACAAUAUCUUUUUCUCAAGGAAAUAUCUUCUGAUGGCAACGUGAACACUGUUGAUGUCAUUUUCCCGGCUCAUCCUGCUUACCUGUAUACCAACCCAGCCCUGUUGAGACUUGUCAUGGCUCCACUCUUUGAGAACCAAGAAGCUGGGCAAUAUCCCAACCGGUGGUCGAUGCACGAUGUUGGCAGUCAUUAUCCCAACGCUACCGCUCACCCUGACGGCAGCGAUGAGCAGAUGCCUCUUGAAGAGUGUGGUAACAUGCUGAUCAUGUCACUUGCUUAUUACCUGGCUUCUAAGGAUCUCGAUUUCCUCAAGUCACACUACAGGCUGCUCGAUCAGUGGACGCAGUUCUUAGUUGACGAAGCCCUCUAUCCGGCCAACCAGAUUUCCACCGAUGACUUUGCUGGUUCACUUGCGAACCAAACGAACUUGGCUCUCAAGGGAAUGAUUGGCAUCAAGGCCAUGUCCGUCAUUGCUAGUGUUACCGGAAACCACACCAGUGCUGCCAACUACAGCUCCAUUGCCGACGAUUAUAUUACCCAAUGGCAAACUUUAGGAAUCAACAGCGCUGCAAAUCCGCCUCACAGUACCUUGUCCUAUGAUUCCAGCGAUUCUUGGGGUCUUUUGUACAACUUGUUUGGCGAUAAGGAGCUUGGAUUGAACCUCGUCCCUCAAUCUGUCUAUGAUAUGCAGAGCAAUUUCUACCCGACUGUGAAUGCCAAGUAUGGAGUGCCGCUAGAUACUCGUCACUCUUACACCAAAGGUGACUGGGAAGCAUGGGCAGCAUCAAUUGCAAGCGAGACCACCCGCGACAUGUUCUACUCCGACCUCGCAUACUGGAUCAACAAUACCCCUACUAACCAUGCUCUUACCGAUCUGUAUGACACUGUUACUGAUGACUACCCCGGUAUUUUCUUCAUCAACAGGCCUGUCAUGGGUGGCGUGUUUGCCCAGCUUGUCCUGGAAAUGGGUCUUUCUCUAUAG